UAUUACAAAUAUUGAUUGACAGCCUAUCAGUCAUUUUAUAUCAACGCGGAAGAGAAGAAUUUAAUCAUACGCAGAGUUUUUAUGCCUUUAAAUGGAACUUCACUUAAGGAAAGAUUAAGGUCCGACGUUAAAAUCAAUCUGCUGAGAAGAUCUGUGAAAUAGACUGGAAUUUGUCACUGUUAAAUAAAAUAAAAGAACAGUUACAAAAAUCUGACAUUUUGUGACAAAUUCUUUAUAAUCACUCUAGUGGCUAAUCUAGGAUACUGUGGAAGAAUAUUUAACUCUUAUACAAAAAGAUCCAGCACGUUAUGUCUCGUGUCGUAAAACAUACAAUCUAGGAUGGGGACAACUGUAGCCAAACCUAAAGAUGACGACGGAGCUGUUGGAGGAAGAAGAGCACAACCCCCUCCUGGAAGCUAUCCAAGGCAAGGAUUGACAGAAAAGGUAAUUCCACACUCGAAAAGCAAUGCGAUGUUAGUUGCUGCAAUUGACUUUGGUACGACCUAUAGCGGGUACGCCUAUUCCUUUAUCGGAAAAGCAGAAGAAAUACUGGCAACAUAUUGGGACCAGACGUCAAUUAAGACACCUACGGUGGUUUUAAUGAAUCCCAGCAAGAAGUUUCAUUCCUUUGGAGAAAACGCUAGAAAGAAAUAUGAACAGUUAAUGAAAACAAACGAACACAAAGACUGGUACCUUUUUGAAAGGUUCAAAAUGAAACUAUUUGUAAAAGACACUCCGCUGCAAAAAGAUAUGGAACUAGAUGAUAUACUUGGGAAACCAAUGAAGGCGAUUGAGGUAUUCUCCGCAGCAAUCAGGUAUAUCAAAGAACAUUUACUCGGCGUUCUAAAUGAUCCCGACAGGGAUGAACAGCUGAAAAUCAAACCAGAUACCGACAUACGCUGGGUCCUUACCGUGCCGGCUAUAUGGAAUGAUUUGUCGAAAACGUUCAUGAGGCAGGCAGCAUAUUAUGCCGGUAUUCCUGAUCAUAUGUUAUUACUGGCGUUAGAGCCCGAAGCUGCUUCUCUGUUCUGUAAGAAGGAAUUAGGAAUUGACAAAGUUCCGACUGGCUGCAGAUACUUGGUCCUAGACCUUGGAGGCGGUACAGCAGAUAUAACAUGCCAUGAAGUCAAUACAGACGGAACAUUGAAGGAGCUCCAUCCACCGACAGGGGGAGAUUUUGGUGGCACUACUAUAGACAACGCGUUCCUCAACGUUUUAAUUCGGAUAUUUGGCACUGAUAUCAUUACUCAAUUUAAAAGGAAAUUCAUGAAUGAGUACUGGGAGCUAAUGAGUGCAUUUGAACUCAAGAAGCGAAAAUUUGACGGCACCGGAAGAGUUGUCUUGAAAUUCCCAGUCCAAAUGUUAGAACUGUAUAAAGAAAACGUCGGAGAGACCGUAGAAGAAAGUCUGUUGAAUUCAAACUUGGCAAAAAGCAUAGAAUUUAAACACGGUAAAGUGUUUAUUACGGAAACAUUAAUGAAAGAACUUUUCAAUUCAGCUCUGACAAAAAUAACUAACAAGACGCUCGAACUUCUCACAGUUGUGUCGAAUAUAAACUGCAUUAUGUUAGUUGGUGGUUUCUCCGAGUCUCUUUAUUUGCAAAAUGUGCUGAAAGAAUACUUUGACAAUCUUAUCAUUCCAAACGAACCAGUUGCAGCCGUUCUAAAAGGAGCAGUUAUCUAUGGCCAUGAAACAAAAGCAAUAUCUUCCCGGAAGUGUAGGUACACUUACGGUAUUGCGCGAAUGAUAAAGUUCGAUCCUGAAAAACACAUCGGCAGAAAGAAAGUAAGAAUGGGAGGUUUCGCAUAUUGUGAUGACUCUUUUAGCAAACAUAUAGAGAUAGGAACUGAAGUUAGCGUGCAUACACCGGAAAAAGCUAGAGAACGCGAGUAUUUUCCAUCAGUGGCUGAGCAAAAACAAGCGGUAUUAGAGGUAUACAAGUCGGAAAGGAGAGAUCCUAUGUUUACUGAUGAAGAAGGCUGUGAGUUUGUUGGUUUGAUAAAAGUAGACAUUGAUCCAAAAGGUAACAUUUGGUCAAAAUUGAAGGUCAGAAUGAUUUUUGGAGGAACAGAAUUAUUUACUGAAGUUACCGAUGUGAAAAAUGAUAUGAUAACAAAAGGGUCAGUAAACUUCAUAGGUUAAAACGUCAAGUUUUUGCUUGAUAAAAUAAAAUUGCAGCAUAGUGAAUUGUGAUUUUGAUAUAAGUCUUUCACAAGUAAUUCAAGAUUUAAGAAACAUUUUCACAAGAUGGACAAACAAACAGACCGCAAUAGCAGAUCAGAACAAUAUCAAACAACUCUGUACAAUAUUUACAAUUUUAUUUACACAUUACUUUAUAUGAUAAACAAAAGAGUAACAUUAAUGUUGAAUAAAAGAUAAAAAAAUAAGUGCACAAUAAAUUUCUCGAGCUACUCGACAAAUCAC